CUUUAACAACUAAAUCAAAAUCUUCUGAAACUUCAGCCAUGGAUGGUGUAAUCAUCUCCCCAUCUUCUUCUUCUUCAGUUGCAUCUUUUCCCAUUCCAACCACCCCACUCUCUUCUAAUACCCUCCAGCAAAAACUUCAAAACCUUCUCGAAAACCAGCCGCAACAAUGGGCAUAUGCCAUUUUCUGGCAGACCUUCAACGAUAACUCAAACAACCGCGUCUCCUUGUCAUGGGGAGGCGGACAUUUCCAAAACAACAAAGAGGCACAACCCGACCCGGAUUGUAGAAAGUUUGCUAUCAAAGAAAUCCAGUCCCUUCUUGAACUAGAAAACCCUGAUGAUGCAGAAUGGUUCUAUGUCAUUUCAUUAACCAGGUCGUUUAUUCCUGGAGAUGGGUCGGUUCUAGGUACGGCUUUAGAUUCAAACACUAUGAUCUGGUUAAGUGGUGUGGACCAGCUUCGGUCUUUUAACUGCCAGAGAACAAAUGAAGCUCAAACACAUGGAUUGAAGACCAUGGUUUGCAUUCCAACAUCUAAUGGUGUUGUCGAAAUGGGUUCGUCUUAUGUCAUUGAGGAGUCUUGGAGUUUGGCUCACCAGGCGUUGUCACUGUUUGGUGGCGGUUCUAUAAAACUAAACAACAUUGGGGACGGUCAUCACAAUAUGGUUUCAUUUACUGAUAUGGUACUCAUGGAUGGUAUGGAUGGUGCAUUGCAAAAGGGCCAUGAUGAGGAAGGUAUGACCGUUAUAGAUUUCGACUCAACAACACAAGAUGAACACAUGUCCAAGAAAGUUGGAACAUCAUGCGUGAAAGGGGACACUACAGUUGCCAUGAAUACGUACGUAGAGACUGCAUCUGAGCAUUCGGAUUCUGACUGCCAAUUGGUUCUUGCCACAUCAACAAAGCCGAAAAGAAAACAACAUAACAAGUUACCUAAUCUGAAAGGAAAAAAGGUAGACGGGCGGUUCCCACCCCUAAACCACGUGGACGCUGAAAGGCAGAGGCGUGAGAAGCUCAACCAGCGAUUCUACGCCCUCAGGUCUGUCGUCCCCAACGUGUCUAGGAUGGACAAGGCAUCCCUCCUGGAAGACGCGGUCUGCUAUAUCAACGAACUGAAAGAAAAAAUCGAGCAUCUUGAAUCGCAACUUCAUCAUGGUAAAUGGAAAACCAAGAAAGUGAAGGUAGAAAUGGUUGAUACAAUGGAGAACAAUUUGUAUAAUCAACCAACAUCAAAGGCUAACAACAACAAAAAAACUAGUGGCUAUGGGGAAGUGGAAGUGAAAAUCGUGGGUGAAAAUGUGAUGAUAAAAGUGCAGUCUGGGAAUGCGGAUUUACCGGCCGCUAAACUAAUGAAUGCUUUGAGAGAAAUGAAAGCACAAAUCAAGCAUGCAAGCAUGUUGUGUGUUAAUGAGAUAAUGAUGCAAGAUGUGUUGGCUAAAAUCCCUGGUGCCGUAGAUGAAGAUGAAUUAAAAUCCGAUCUCAUUAGAAAGUUAAACCGCUAGAAGCAUUUAGACGCGUGUUAUAGGUUUGAAUUGGUGUCAUAAUAGUGUGUUAUGGCCUAUGGGAGUUAUUUUUUUUCGUGUUAUGUGAGAUUGUUUUUAGCAAUGUAAAUGAAAAUCAAGGUGUGUCUUUGGUCAUGACAUUGUACAAUUGAGAUUAUUAUUAUUAAUAUCAUUAUAUGUGUGUGUA